UCCCAGCGUCCCGGCGCUGUCGUGGCGGAGGCUGCAGGCACACGGCUUUGUGGCGCGCGCGGGUUCCACCGGGUGUCGUGGAAGCACAGCCACCCGGGGCACUGUUCCUGGCCGCCAGAGUCUCAUGGCAAGCCCCGCGCGGUCCGGCUUCCCGGCGCGCACGAACAGCCGUCUGGACGCGUUCCUGCGGCGGCACUUGCUGCCCGAGGUGUACGACACGGUCCGCGCCUAUGAGCCUUGCAUCGUCGUGUCGGACGCUGAGAAGCACACGUUCAAGUACGUGGUGCUCAGCGACCGACUCAUCUACCUGACCGAGAACCCGCCCAAGUCCAUCCGGCGGGUCGUGGCUCUGCGGGACGUCGUGGCCAUUGACCUGAUUGAUGAUUACCCAGACUUUUUGAACUUACCUGAUAGAGAGAGCAACCAGCACAUUCGUAUUGUCUAUUCUUCAACAGUCUUGAAGAAAGAGUGUGGAAAAUUGAAAGGUGUUGGGAAAUUUCUCUUUCCACUUCGCCAUAGCAAUACUAACAAAAAAGUUAAGCAAGAGGAUAAUGGCCCUGCCUUAUGGAGAAGAGAAGUUUCUAAGGGUCUGAACGACUCCUCUCUCAGGUUCCACCAGGGGAGCUGUGAACCACACAAGGACUCAAGUCCCCACCUUUCAGACGUCACGCAGCAACUGUCCCUUGCUAGCCCAGGCGCCUCUCGACCCUUACCUACCCUCUCUAGGAGCUGUGCGUCUAUGGCAACUUCUGGAAAGGCUGCCUACUCACCAACUCAUUCACCAAACACAGAAGGAGCGUGGGAGCUUCCAAGCCUCAAGGACUCCCCGAGUGAGGGUUCUCUCAGGUUGGCUGGGAGCAGGGGUGAGUUUCUUCCGGAGUCUGCUCUGCACAGUAGCUCCAGCCUGGAGAAGGAGGAGUCGGAACUCCACCUGUAUAUUCUUUCCGCAACCUCAUCGAUAUUUCUGCACUUAAAGAGUUCAUGGAACAACUACGUCAUAAGAGCUACUCUUUCACAAGACCCUCUAUGUGCCAGCGAGCACGGCCCUGUCAUUGGCCACCCGAAGCCGUACAGGUCCGAGGAGAGAAUUAAGCACUUCAGUCAACUUAAGUCUGAACUUUUCCUUAAAGACAAUACUUUGAGGAAGAUGCUGUGUUUAAUUACGGAACUGAGAGUAGCAGCCCAGAGAAACUUUAUCCUGAAAAGACUUUUCUGGAAAACCAGUGAGUUUUUCUACUUCCUAGUAAACAAGCUUCAUGAGUAUCUGCCAGAGUCGAGAGAUAAAAAUGCGCUUCAGAAUAAAAGCCAACGGGCUGACGAGCUGACGGCAUGUAUUGAGAUUAUUCAGACCUUAGGACUGAUGUUCAGAGAAACAGAAAUUGAAUCAUCACGGCUGAACACACUGGCAGCUAAGAAGGGAACGUUGUUUACUCUUUUAGUAAUUUUAAUUAGCAAGCCUAAGGUUCCAGAGUCCUGCUCCAUGUCUGAUGCCCAGCUGGUGGCUGAUGCAACUUCAGUGGAAGCAUCUGUUGAUGCUCAGUUACAGAAGCUCAUCCUGGACUAUACAGACACCGCUACAGCAUUGCUCUAUGAGGUUCUUCUGGUCUUCCAGCAGGGAAAUCUUGGAUUGGGGUCCACAAAGUUUGCUAUUAGCUGGAUGAUGUCGUUUCUACAGAGCUGCCCUCCCAUAAUGGCUUUUGUGGCCAGCGUUGUGAAACAAGUGGUGAAGGGGCUUUCAGCCUCGCUCCAGCUGCUGACCCCCUGCCAGGCAGUUCUGUUGUACCAGCAAUUUUACAUCCUCAAGAGCUGCCUGCAGUACAGCAAGGCUCUGGCCGAGUACAUUAGGAACGACCACAGUGAAGAGUUCAGGUACUUUAUUCACCUGGCAGCUUUGGAAAAGAGGCUUCCGGCAUGCUACCCAAUUACUGAGCCCACCACUCAGCUCUGUCACGAAGUUCUACAACUGAUGGAACAGAAACAGUGUGCAAAAUGUUAGCAGAGAUAAAAUAUAAAGUAUUCACUGGUCAAUAUUCAUGAGAAAUGGCCUUUUGACUUAUUUAAUCUUUAGCUCUUCCUGAAUCUUGUUGAGAUUUUAGUUUAAUGUUCAUUAAUACCUCUUUAGGAGGUCUUGAUUUUUCUAUUUUU